AUGGAGAAUAAUCACAGAGAAGAGUACAGCUACACACUAGUAGGGGAUGAUGAUGAUAAUGAAAAGGGAGAACAGGCGGACGAGGAAAACGAUGAGGUCUCGCUCGAUCUGAGCCUCGGAUGUCGGGACGCCGCCGCGGAUAGUUUUCAGGUGACGUCGCCGCAAGACUCGGUGUCGGAUGCGUCGGAGAGUAACAACGACGGCAGCGGCGGUGAUCGCCGCGUUUUCUCGUGCAACUUUUGUCAGAGGAAAUUCUACAGCUCGCAGGCGCUGGGCGGCCACCAGAACGCGCACAAGCGAGAGCGGACGAUGGCGAAGAGGGGCCAAAGAGUCGGGGCAUCGGCGGCGGCGGCCACGGGGUUUGGGUAUCAUCCCGGCGCCGCUUCUCUGCCUCUGCAUGGGCCAUACAAUAGAUCCCUUGGGAUUCAUGUUCAUUCCAUGAUCCAGAAACCCGGGAGUUAUUUCGGGGCACCAUAUCCCUUUGGCGGCUCACACUCCCCGUCACCUUCCAUCUACGGCUAUAAUGCAUGGACCAGACGGCCGUUUGAUCAACAGCCGGCGAUAGGGCGGCUGGCGCCGGAGAGUUACCAUGCGGGGACAAGUUUACCGCCGCCUUCGUCGUCGUCAUUGCCAAACACUGCAACGGGUAUGUUUGAUGGGAUCGGAGACGGGUUCAGAAUGGACAUCUCCGGCGCCGGCGCCGGCGGUUCUAGUUCGAAAUCUCAGCAAGAAAUAGAUUUAGACUUGUCUCUGAAACUAUAG